AUGAAACGACUGGAUCAACGACUGCGGCUCCCCUCCUUCUUGAAUAUUGUAUUUUCCCUGUACAUCUUGUCGUCUUUAAUAAAGAUGUCCAAAGUAAACCAACCGGGCUUGUCUAGGAACGCUAGGGAUCGGGAAGCGGAGACCGAGGAGUCUCGCUCCACAGUAACGCGCAGACGGAUGCCUGCUCACAACAACCCUCGGCGCGGCGGCGGCGGAGGCGGUGGUGGUGACAUUUCCAUGUCCCACCCAAAGCCCUCUUCCCCUAAAUCCAACAAACCUACGCGCACAGGAGCCCAUUUUCGUUUCCACUGGCAACCAAUCACAGACAGGCGACUGCCUCCAUAUUAA